CCGCGUCAGCCACACAUUCCGUUGUCGUCCGCAUCGGCGUCUGCUGCACUCGACGCGAGAGUUCCUUUGUUGGAAUAUAUGUAUAUAUAUUUGGCGGACUUUCUCCUCAGAUGUGGUGAUUAUAUCUUGGACGGUUCUUUUCAGGAUAGUCCAAGCGCGUUCUCAUUUGGUGGUGGUUACUUCACCAACCUUUUUAGGAUAGUUGGCGGUCUUUCUCCUCAGGUGCAGAUUUUAUUUCUGCAGCAGUCGUUGUUUCGAUAGUUGAAAAAAUUUUUUUCUCACAUUCUUAUUUGUGAUAAAAUGGUUAAAAAUGAAGUUUGGAGUAGCGGCGAAUCUGAACCACAAGAACAAGACUCUGUGAAUCAAGAAUUUGAUGACAUUGAUUUGGAAGACGUCGACUAUAAUGGAACUCAAAUUUUUGAGGAUGCGAUUUUUUACCCAUCAAUCAAAGAUUUUGAAGGUAGCUGCGAAAUAAAUCCUAACACUUUUAUAUCGGGAAAUAGGCCAAUAGAUUUUUUCAAUUAUUUUUGCGAUUCUUCUCUAGUUCAAAGGAUUGUAGAAGAGACAAAUAAUUAUCACACCCAAAAUCCUGAAAUUCCAUCUUCCCACAUGAAAGAUUGGUACCCUUUUACAAAAGAUGAGUUUGAAAAGUUUCUUGGUCUGUCAAUUCUAAUGGGCCAUGUUCGGAAGGGUGAUUUGAAAGAUUAUUGGUCUACAGAUUCUUUGCUAUAUACUCCAAUUUUUCGACAAAUAAUGUCUCGUGAUAGAUAUUUGAAAAUUCUGCGACAUUUACACUUUCAAGAUAAUGAAGAUGAUUCAGAAAUUGUCAAUCACCCUUUGCGAAAAAUAAAACCAGUAAUAGAUCACCUACAAAGUAAAUUUUCGGCAGCUCUUAUUCCAGGCAAAAACCUGUGCAUAGACAAAAGUCUGUUAUUAUGGAAAGGUAGGCUUCGAUUCAAACAAUAUAUUCCCUUGAAAAGAAAUCGUUUUGGCAUAAAGUUUUUUGAGUUGGUAGACUGCGAUACUGGAUUUAUUUUAGGUUUUAUUGUUUAUACUGGAGCAGAUACUAAUUAUCAAAAGUUCGGUUUGGGUAUUACUGGUGAUAUUGUCGCUCACUUUUUACAACCUUAUUUUUAUAAGGGUCAUGUUAUAUAUAUAGACAAUUGGUACACAUCCCCUACUUUGGCUGAAUUUCUGCAUGAUCGUGAUACGGGAAUGUGUGGCACGGUGAAAGCAAAUAGAAAGGGAAUGCCAAAGCUGGAAAACAAAUUAGAGCGAGGUGAAGUACAAGUCGCUCAUAAUGAUGUUUGGAUGGCAAUAAAGUGGGAAGACAAACGUAGUGUUUGCAUGCUUACAAGUGUACACGAACUUGAAUUCUGUGCAACUGAAAAAAAAAAUUAUCAAACAAAAGAAGAUAUUAUAAAGCCAACGUGUAUUCAUGAGUAUAAUAAAAAUAUGGGCGGCGUUGAUAUAUUAAUAUAGAUAGACAAUUAUCUAUAACGGAAACGGUGCGAAAAACAAUGAAGUGGUAUCGGAAGCUCUUUUUUCACCUUAUUGAUUUAUGUCUAUGUAAUGCUCAUGCUUUAUAUAAAAAAAGAAAUCAAGAAUAUACAUCGUUUCCUUCAUUUCGAUUGGAAAUAGUUAGAUU